AACCAACACCCCCCGGUGCACCACGUUAGCUGGCACUGCUAGCCACAAGAGGAGCAGACAAGCCAUCAAAACGGGGUCAACGAUGCAUCCUGACUUUAUCUACCACAACGCAUGUGAUUUUUCUAAAUGUCCAUGGAAACAGCUGACUAAAGUUUGACAGCUAUCCCACCAGUUUUCCAUUUGUAAGAAUUACCCGGAGGAAACGGUCCUGAAAAUCGCUUGGAAUACGCCUUUUCCUCUGUUAAUAGAUCCACUCAUCAUCUGCCGAUGGUCACAUCUGAAGCCGAUCCUGAGUUGUGAGUCAGUAGAGGAGAAGCUGGGCUGAUGACAAGCAUGACAUUGAGCCAAGCCACAGAUGCAUGUCCACUCAAAAGGCCCAACUGAGCGCCGUCCCCUCUGCUUCCCGGCUUUCAACCAGUCGCUCAGAGGGGGGGUGUCGACGGGGCGUAGCUAGUCCCCUGCACCCCCAGGUAGAACCUCACUGUGAAACUGGAGGUCUCUGAUGGAUCAGGGUAGUAGCGAGCAGAGUCCAGAGGAGCCGGACACAGGAGGCCGAGCGGAGCCGGAGGUCGGCAGGAGGGCGUCGGAGUCUGAGCAUGGCUUGUCCAAAAUCACCCAUAAUGCCCUGGAGAACAUGGGAGCGUUGGGCCAUGGCCUGAAGCAGUUCUUCCAGCCACAGCGCCGACGCUCCUCCGUUUCCCCACAUGACUCCGUCUCGUCCUGCACAGGCGCCCCUCCCUCCGAACCCACUGAUGUAGGGUCAGAAGUAGGGGACGCUCCUGCCUCCUCGGCCCUCCCUUUGGAUUCUGACAACCCUGCCGCUUCCGCCCCUCCCGCAGCUCUGAGCCGUGUUCUGCAGCAGAUCCGGGGUGCUCCACCAAUGAUGAAGCGAGGCACCAGCCUGCAGAGCCGCCGCAGCAAGGUGGGGGGCACUGGGGAUCCUCCCCAGAAAGGUAGCCCACAGAUCCACCGGCGCAGCACCCAUGAAGCCCUGCUGCAGGCUGGCCGCCCACGCUCCUCCUCGACCACAGAUACACCCAGCAGCCCAGCUCUUGCUGACAUGCUGCUGACGUCUGGCUACCACUCAACUGAGGAGCCUGACAAGCAGCUAGAUCGUUAUGAUGGAUCAGGCCCCGCUGUGUCACCCAACGCCCUCCCCUACGGCGCAGAUGGCUAUGAUGUAGUUGACAGCACCCCAGACCCCCAGCGAACGAAGCAGGCCAUAGCCCAGCUACAACAGAAGAUCCUCAAACUCACAGAACAAAUAAAAAUUGAACAAACCGCACGUGACGACAACGUGGCAGAAUACCUGAAACUCGCCAAUAACGCAGACAAACAGCAGAGUGCACGCAUCAAACAGGUGUUCGAGAAGAAGAACCAAAAGUCGGCUCAGACUAUCCAGCAACUGCAGAGGAAGCUGGAGCAUUAUCACCGCAAGCUUCGAGAGGUGGAGCACAACGGCAUUCCCCGCCAGCCCAAAGAUGUUUUCCGAGACAUGCACCAGGGGCUGAAAGAUGUCGGAGCCAAGGUGACAGGGGGCCUCUCCAGUUUCUCUCAAGCCACUCAUUCUGCUGCUGGAGCUGUGGUGUCUAAGCCGAGAGAGAUCGCCUCCCUCAUCCGCAACAAGUUCGGCAGUGCUGAUAACAUUGCAGCACUGAAAGACUCCUUGGAUGAAACCCAGGGAGAUGAAGGUGUCGGUCCUGGGGCGACGAGGGCCCUCGGGACGGGACAAUUGCAGUCCAGCCCAAAGUAUGGCAGCGAUGAUGACUGUUCUAGUGCUACUUCUGGCUCUGCGGGAGCCAACAGCACGACUGGAGCCCCUGGAGGCCCCCCUAGCUCCAAGGGCAACACCCUUGAUCAUGUCCAGGCCUCGGGCUUUGACGCGAUACUCCAUGAGAUCCAAGAGCUCCGGGAAAACCAAGGUCGACUGGAGGAGUCCUUUGAGAACUUAAAAGCCCACUAUCAGCGGGAUUACACGUUGAUCAUGGAAGCCCUGCAAGAGGAACGAUACAGGUGUGAACGUUUAGAAGAACAGCUCAAUGACUUGACAGAACUGCACCAGAAUGAAAUUCUGAACUUGAAACAGGAACUAGCCAGCAUGGAGGAGAAGAUAGCUUACCAGUCUUAUGAAAGAGCGAGGGACAUUCAGGAGGCGCUGGAGGCAUGUCAGACACGUAUCUCCAAGAUGGAGCUGCAGCAGCAGCAACAGCAGGUGGUGCAGCUUGAGGGUUUGGAGAACGCCACAGCACGGACUCUACUUGGAAAACUAAUCAAUGUACUGCUGGCUGUUAUGGCAGUCCUUUUGGUGUUUGUGUCCACAGUGGCUAACUGUGUCGUCCCCUUAAUGAAAACACGCAGCCGCACGCUUUCUACGCUGCUCCUCGUAAUCCUUCUCGCUAUCCUCUGGAGGCACUGGGAUGCCAUGUCGGAGUAUCUGCAUCGCUUUCUCCUGCACCCAAGAUGACCGGCCUGGGGAGUCUUAUUUAAAUGAUGAAGGGACAGAGGGUUUGGGGCUGAUGUGUAAAGGGAGGACACUGACCCAUACAGGGAGUUGAAUCUCAAUAGUCCUUUUUCUUCCUCUUCAGCAGCUUCUCAAAACACUCAGGAGGGUUGCAUCAGAGGUUUGUCACUUUAUCACUUUCUGAAAUGUGUUUUGAGAUGCAUCAAAUGGAGAAUAAGUGGAGGAAAGGCCUGACCUGCUAUCAUUGGUGCAAUUGUGGCACAAGCACAUCGCGUAAGGGUGAACGGGGCAUAUUUGAAGGAGGGGCUGAGAGAACUGCACACUUGAUUUCUCUCUUCUGAGUGAAUUUGUUUACAUGUGGAGAACUUUGCAUUAUUUUCCCACAGAAGAAACUGUAAUUCAGAGUUUUGUUACUUUUGAGCUGAUUCAAGUGGUAUUGUUUUGACGUCACUGCUAUUUUUAAUACAGCUGAUUGAUGGCUUUUUAUUUAAUUUUAACUGUAAUGAGCUGACAGUGUUCUGCUGAUUUAGCUGCUCACGGCCUCUUUUUGUAAGCUCUCUCUCUUCUGCUCUCGCCACUCUGGUUUUUUCAGUCCGCUGUUUUUCAAUCUUUUAAACUUUCAGCUUGUGUGACCAACUCUUCCUCUUCCUCCUCACUACACUCUGAAGAACGGGGUGCUUGCACAUCAGCUACAUUGCUCUGGAAUCAGACUUGUCACUGGAUCAAAUGGUAGUGGGUUCUUGACUUGUUUCUUAUGGACGUGUGAAGUCGGUAACACUGGUUCUGCCACAACCAGGAUAUUACUAGGAACAUUGAAUUUUGGAGUUGCGACCCUGCCCUCUGGGCCAACUGGAUCCUACUAUCCUGGUGGCUUUUCCACUGCAGAAGAAUAAUCUAUGAACUGAAUUAACAUACUUGAAGAGCGGUUAAAGUGCUCACAGACUCAGUGCUUCCGUACUGUUUCUAUUAGUGACAGUGAAAUAGUAAUACUUUUUAGUUGAUUUUUUAUUUUUUAAAGACAAAUAAAUUUGCUGUUUUAAGGUGAAA